AUGUCGCUACAGGUCAUCUUUCUUCGGUCUCCUUAUGCAAAUUGUACGAAUACAAAUCAGAUCUAUAAGAGUGUCCUUGGGAGUAUCCCACCAGCGAUAGAUUUACCGGCUACAGGCGACAUAUCCUCACCUAUAGAAACUCUCUGGGACCUACUAAAGGCGUGUUGGAAGAUUAAUCCAAUGGAACGCCCCUCCGUGUACGACGUACAAGAGUUUGUCGCGGAUCAUGGGCCUGCCGUGGUUUCUGCGUUCCAGGACAGAUCUAUCAGCAUAUCCCCCAUUCUAAAAAA